CUUGCGCAUUUCGCAGGCAGGCUCGGUGCGCCGUGGUGGUUCACGUAGACACGACCUGGAUAUUGGUCCUGUGCAAUUUCGAUCGUAACCAUGUCUUCAGGCAAGAAGGGUAAGAAGAAGAAGGGAGUUACCAUCGACCUCUGCACAUUUCUGGCCGACGGCAGCGGACCAGUUCCUACGAUUCCAGUAAAAACUUCCAGCUGGGCUGAAGAUGUUGAGGAUGAUCACGAAGGCUAUUCCUCACGGAGUAGCAAGGAGCAAGUUAUUUUACCAACAGCUCCGAGAGCCGCACGAGGGCCUGGGAUUGAUGAAGAAAAUAUUCCCACAAAUCCACCUUAUGUAGCUUACAUAAGCAAUUUACCCUACGAUGUAGAUGAGGCCGAUCUAACGGACUUCUUUGCAGAGAUGAAGAUUUCCAAUAUGCGUUUACCAAAAGACCAAACUAAAAUUAGAGGAUACGGAUACGUCGAGUUUGAGGAUCGGCAGAGCCUAAUUGAUGCUCUUUCAAUGACGAAUACAACUAUCAAAACAAGGCGAGUGAGAAUUGAGGUCUCAAACAGCAGUAAUGACGAUCGUCGCGGCGGUGGCCGAAUGGGCAGAGAUGGGCGUAGAGACAAUUAUGAUGAUCCAGAACGCACAUCCGGCGAUUGGAGGAGCGGGCCGCGUGAGGAGUUGCUCGACAGUGAUUCUUAUCGCAGUCGGUACGACAGAGACCGAUAUGAUAACAAGGAUCGUUUCGACAACAGAGACCGGCGUGAUGACAGAGAGAGAUAUGAACAAGAUAACAAACCUGGCGGGUGGCGCGAGAGAGACAAUAACGAUAAGGGAUCGUCGUUCAAAGAUAGAGCUGGUUUUCGGGACGAUAGUAAAGAACGAGAUUGGAAUCGCUUCAGCGAUAGAGGCCGAAGCAGAGACAGAGAGGGAGAUCGAAGCAGCAGUUUCGGACCUCGUCGCAAUUACGAUCGUGAUGCCGAGUGGGAUCGGGAUCGCCGACCGGAGCGGGACGCGAAACCUGAGCCGCGACAAAGACCGAAGUUGCAGUUGCAACCGCGAACCAAACCCGUGGAGCCUAUCCAGGUGGCGGAGGAAUCGGAGCCUAACAAAGAGACCUCGGCGGAAUCGAAACCUACGAGUUCGGAACCGGCUCAGCGUCCGGCUCCUACAGCCGCACCGGCGACCAACAUCUUCGGCGCUGCGAAACCUGUAGAUACCACCGCCCGAGAACGCGAAAUAGAGGAGCGUCUCGCCAAGUCGUACGCAGAAUCGCGAUCCCGAGAAGAGGCGGAAGCCAGGGAAGCCAGAGAAGUCAGAGAAGGCAGAGAACGCAGAGAUGGUACUUGGGGUAGACGCAAUGGAGAAGGACGCGACGAAAAAGAGCGAGACAAAGAAAGAAGUCGACCGACUUGGCGAUCGGAAGAGGACAAAGGUUCUCGACCCGAGAGAUCUGCGCCUCGGUCUCAACCCGCUUCCGCUCGUUCUGAUGAACAAAAUGGACCCAAAGCGCCACCGGCUUCCCGUUCCGGACCACCGUCGAAAUCGUCUCAGAAGACCGAGCGAGACGCUCGUGCAGCUCCGGAAAGGGACCGCAGGGAAAGAGAUGAAAUUAGCAGAAUGCCGAAGGCAAAAGAUGAGCAAGCUCCGAAUUUUGUUGCUUCCAACAAAUACAGUAUGCUACCCGACGAUGUGGAUCCGGACAAUAUUGAUGACUAGUCUUAAUCGAUAAUUAAACAUCGCUAAACUAAAUUUGUGCCACACGCAACAGACUCGUCAUUACGGAUAUCAUUGGUACUUUUGUUUUUACUUCCGCUAAAUACACAUUUUUCAUAAGCAAGGUGUUAUACUCUUGAUAUAUUUACUGGAAAUAUUUGUUGAUUUGUAUUUAAUCUCUAUUUUAAUAUUCACACACGCAUACACACGCACACAUUUUCUCUUUAUAACAUUCUUGAUAAUUAACUUGGUAAUUAACUUACAAGGAUGAUUUCGGCACCGAAACAUUUUUUUUCAACAGUUGUUAAAUCGUGAUGUGAGAGUUCUUCGCGGAUUUAAGGCAAACAAUUACAUGGGAAGAAUUGUUUUUGUAUUUCAUUUCGAGGAUUCUUGCGAGACAUAGAAGAAUUGAAACUUUAUACACACACACACACAGACAUACACCAUACUUAAUCUGCUGUACAGUAAUUGUACGAUAUGUGACUUGUUUACAUGUAAUAUAACAAUAUAUAGAAAAAGAAAUGAUUAAAAUAAUAAGUAUAUGGGAAAUACAA